CUGCGGAACAGAAGGUGGCGGUAAUGCACCAACAAGCUGGAUGACAACCGCCGUAAAACAACAACAGUAAUAGUAAUAAUAACAGGAAGAAGAAGACUGUAGACGAAUAGCCCGUGGCUGUUGAUCAGCUGACUGUUGAAGCUACAGCCGUCAGUUAAUCGUCAUCGUCAAACUGUAGAUAUUUUGUUUUCUCCGGGGAAACGACAUGGCGUUCAUCACAGCCAACUGGAACCCGCUAGGAGAAGCUUUCUAUCGUAAAACGGAGCUGUAUGAGAUGUGCUGGAACCUACGUGACGGACUCAGAGACAGUUUGGUAGCUGCAGCGCCAUAUGGAGGACCAAUAGCUCUCCUCAGAGAACCUCAUAGACGUUCCCCGAGUUCACGUCCUCAGUUGGAGAUUUAUUCGGCGUCUGGAGUGGCCAUUGCUAGCUUCCCUUGGAAGAGUGGUCCUGUGGUUCAGUUGGGUUGGACAGUCAGUGAUGAGUUGUUGUGUGUUCAAGAAGACGGAUCAGUUCUGAUCUACGAUCUGUUUGGAUCCUUCAAGAGACACUUCAGUAUGGGACAGGAAGUGUCCCAGAGUCAGGUGUUGGAGGCCAAAGUGUUCCACUCUCCUUAUGGAACAGGUGUUGCCAUAGUAACAGGCUCCUCCCGCUUCACCUUGGCAACCAACAUUGACGACCUAAAGCUCCGCAGGUUACCUGAAGUCCCAGGUCUGCAGGGGAAGCCAUCCUGUUGGGUCGUCCUCACUCAGGACAGACAGACUAAAGUCCUUCUUUCCCAUGGACCUGAACUCUACAUUCUGGACAACACAUCCUGCACUGCUGUGGUGAGACAGACAGACAGACAGUGUCCUCCAGGUCUCAGUGCUCAGGCUGGCAGUAUCGUCCACAUGUCUGUGUCUUUCAGCUAUAAAUACCUGGCUCUCUUCACUGACACGGGACACCUGUGGGCAGGCUCCUCCCACCUCCAGGACAAGCUGAGUGAAGUCGACACCAAAAAGAUGACGACGCCCAAACAGAUGGUCUGGUGUCGCAGACCAAAGAGCCAGCAGCCAUCUGUGGUGCUGAUGUGGGACAGGCUCCUUAUGGUGGCCGGAGUCUGUAGUGACACGGUCCAGUUCCCCAUCGAGGAUCCAUGUGUUUUGGUGGGAGAACUGGACGGAGUUCGAAUCAUCAGCUCUAAAAAUCAGGAGCUGCUGCAGGAGGUUCCUUUAGUCUGUCAGGACAUCUUCAAGAUUGCAUCCAUGGCUCCUGGAGCUCUACUGCUGGAGGCCCACCGGGAGUACGAGAAGUCGAGUCAGAAGGCUGAUGAGUACCUGAGGGAGAUCAAGGAGCAAAGCAUGCUUGGAGAAGCAGUCAGACAGUGUGUUGAGGCGGCAGGUCACGAAUACGACACCAACACGCAGAAAUCCCUGCUGAGGGCAGCAUCCUUUGGGAAGUGUUUCCUGACUGACUUCAGUCCGGAUCAGUUUGUGUCAACCUGCAGAGAACUCCGAGUCCUGAACGCCGUCAGAGAGAACACUGUGGGUCUGCCACUCACACACACGCAAUUCAAACAGAUGACUCUACAGGUGCUGAUAGACAGGUUGGUGUAUCGACAGUUUUAUCCUUUAGCGAUAGAAAUCUGUCGUUACUUGAAGAUUCCUGAUUAUCAAGGAGUCAGUAGAGUCCUCAAACAUUGGGCUUCAUGCAAGGUGCAGCAGAAGGACCUAUCAGAUGAGGCCAUAGCUCGAGCGGUGUGUAUGAAGGUGGGAGACUCACCUGGCGUUUCGUACUCUCACAUUGCAGCUAAAGCUUAUGAAUGUGGACGCACUGAGCUCGCCAUCAAGUUGUUGGAUUUCGAGGCCCGGUCAGGAGAACAGGUUCCUCUGUUGCUGAAGAUGAAGAGGAGUCAGCUGGCUCUAAGUAAAGCUGUCGAGAGUGGAGAUACUGACCUGGUGUACACAGUCGUCAGUUACCUGAAGAAUGAGAUGAACAGAGGAGAUUUUUUUAUGACUCUGAGGAACCAACCGGUUGCUCUGAGCCUCUACAGACAGUUCUGUAAGCUGCAGGAACAGGACACUCUGAAGGAUCUUUAUAACCAAGACGAUGAUCAUCAGGAGCUUGCCAACUACUAUGUUACUGCCAGUUACAGAGAAAAGAGGCUAGAGAGCCGUGUGUCUCUCCUGCAGAGUGCUGUUGAUGAAUACAACAAGGCCAAGAACGAGUUUGCUGCAAAGGCCACAGAGGAUGAGAUGCGUCUCCUUCGUUUUCAACGAAAACUGGAUGACGAGAAGGGGGCGGGGCUGCUGGGACUGUCUCUACAGGCGACCAUGGAGGCUCUGUUGGCGUUAGGACUUAACAAACAGGCAGAACAACUUUACAGAGACUUUAGAGUACCUGACAAAAGGUAUUGGUGGUUAAAGCUGAAGUCUCUGGCAGAGAAGGAAGAGUGGGAGGAGUUAGAGAAGUUUUCUAAGAGCAAGAAGUCUCCUAUUGGCUACCUAGCUUUUGUUGAAGUUUGCAUGAAGUGUAACAACAAGUACGAAGCCAAGAAGUACGUUUCCAGGGUGACACCUGAGCAGAAGGUCAAAGCUCACCUGGCUGUCAGUGACCUGGAGGGGGCGGCGGACGCUGCAAUCGAGCGCAGGAGUGAAUCAGAGAUGGGGGUGGUCCUUUCCAGAUGCUCCGCGUCUGACCGGCUGUUGAUUGACAGGCUGAACCGAGCCAGAUGCACCGCUGCCAAAAAGUGAUCCUCCCCCCACAGUGUAUGUACGGGUCUGCUGUCAAAACGUGAUCAGCCGUUCACUUUCUGAUUGAUACCACAGGACUUACCAUGGCAACCUUUUUUUCUUUUCGUGAGCAUUGAUGUCAGAUGAUAUAUAAUGUAUUGAUUGAUUAUUGAUCAGUCAGAUGAUCUGACUUACAGCUGUUUUCUUCUACUGUGUUUCUAUUUGAACUCCUGUCCUUCAGUAAGUGACCCCCACCCCUGACCCCCGACCCCAUGUUGCUUUAUGUCCACCUAAAAUGGACUCCUUCAGACCUUCAGGACUGAGUCUUGAACCUUUUCAGUGGCCUCUUCUUGAACUUUCCACUAUCCCACAUGGUUUUCAUGGCAGGCUUGGCACCUAAAAACCUCUACCCCUCCUCCAAAUAGUGACUGUCCACUCAGAGCUCAGUAACAGUAACUAGUCAAAAACAGAACAGCGGUUGUUCCUGUGGUUUAGUGGCUGAACCACCGAUGAUAAACCACUCUGUCCCUGGUUUGAAAUAUGACCCAGGACCUUUGUUGCAUCUCUCCCUCAUGUCCUGUUAUCUCUCUUUUACUUAAUUGUGUAAAACGGGCAUAAACCUGUCAAGAAAAUAAUUAAAAACAAGAAAUAUCUCAGA